CUCGAUAAAUUCGUUGACUCCUCGAGAUUUUCUGUUUGACCUCCCAUACAAUCUGACAUAGCAUUGACCGCGCCAAGGCUGAUCACACUCAAAAUGUGCAAAUAGACCGCUUUGCCGUGCGCCCGGAUCAAUGACUGACUGCCUGUCGUGCUCGCAGAAGAUGCUGACACAAAGACAGGAAGACAUCACAUUCACAGUGCACGACUGAGAGUCGACCGUUGCCGUCAAUAACUUACAAUGAAGGUAUCGCAGGGGAUUCCGCUGUCAGCGCACUCGCCCUCCAUUCACCGCGUCAACAAGCGAGUGAGUACACUACAAUGAUUCCGCCGGACGAGGCUGAGAACAGAAGAAAUGACAAAAUAGUGGAGCUGAGAUGAAUGCACUCGAUUUUGCGCAGCAGGGGUAGGUCCAUGUUCCUUGGGGAACGGCAGCGUCUAUCUGAUGGGUGCUCGAGCGCAAGAAGACGCAAAGAUAUUAAUACCCGGAAUGUUUCAUCCAUCAUAGUGAGGAAAUGGCUCGACCAGUCAAAUGUCAAAUCUCAGUGCUGGGGUCUCGAUCUGCGCCUAAGCGUCGACAGUCGCGCCUGUCAGUGAGGAGGCCUUCUCUAUACACUUACUGGGACGCGAUUUGCUGUAUCUGAUUGUUCCGAGGGCAUCACCGGAAACCCUACCUGGUUGGCAACGUCUAUGUACCCAGAUUACUCGCGGACGAAAAAACCUGUUUCCCGAGUACGGUUGGGUCCAAAAGCGUGAGUGAAGGCUACUUGCACCUGAGCUUGAACUUGAGCCUUGAGCUAAACACCACUGAGCACUCCAUGGGCAAUGCUGCUGAAGAUCCCGAGGCCUAGUGACCCUCAGCCUGGCCCUUGUCGAUGUUACCUAGAUAGGUAAUAUCACAACGCAGGCGGCUCACUUUGCUCGCAACCAAUAUCACUGGUGGCGAAUUCCAGACAGAAGCUGGCUGUCCAUCCAGUAUAGCGCCAACAACCUCUUAACGAUGGACUCAGCUUCCUGAAAGCUUGUGUUGCCUGCCCGGUUCGAGGCUUUUCCCGGGGUUUUCAGGGACCACUUGCUCCAGAUGGAUGAAUAAAAAUUCGGCAUCUGGGGGUUAUGGAGACUUCAUGCCAUUGUCGUCAUGGUUCAUUCACGCUUCUCAUUUCAGGCGACCUUUGUGUACUAGGUAUCGGCGAUGAGGAGUCCUUUCCCCCUCUAUCUCCGCUCAUAUGAUUCGGCUUCUUGCGACCAGCGCAGCUGUCAGCGCUGAAACCUCUCACCACCCUUUCGAAGCCAAAUGCUACGUGUCGGCUUCAUUAUUAGCAUUGUCACACCAGGAUGUUGACGCUCGAGAUUCACUGCAUCUACAAGUUCCUGCUCUGAUUGUCUAGAACGAUUUCUGCUUCCAUCGUCUAUGAUGCAGACCAUCUCCCUCCAAUCGAACAGGCGAACACGAAUAGCGGUGGCAUGUACUUCGUGUCAAAGUCGGAAAUCUCGCUGCAAUGGCGGUGAACCGUCUUGCCGUCAAUGCGAUGAACUUGGCUUGCAGUGUAUUUACGAACGCUUGCCUCGGAAGAAUGAGAUAAAGUCCCCCAAGAAGCAGCAAACAAGCUACAGCAGAAGACUGCGCGCCCUCGAAGAUGCACUGCUCGUGCAAAACAAACAUCCUGCGCAAGUGGUGCUGGGCAAGUCCGAUCUGGAACAAACAAACGAUUCUUACUACACGCAUCUCGACGGGCUGCAGGAACCCCAAUCAAGCAAUCAAGAGAUACGCAGCGUGGUCUACAAAACAAGCAACUGUACAGAGCAAGACGGAGGAGACGAGGACACGAUCGACGGUAUGGCCACAGUUAUAAGUUCGAAGACCAUGAAUUCUAUGGUCUUCGGACCGUCUUCAAACAUAGCGUUUCUCCGUCAAAUAUUUGACGCUACUUCGGCUGCGCUGCAAGCAUUGGGCAAGAUUUCACAACCAGGAAACACCCUAUACCAAACAUACAUCUCUUCAAAUGCCUCCCCAGCCACGGUGACAAGGUCGGUUCCAAUAGCAGCCCAGCGACGUGUCGAUACCCAGCAUUUGCCUUGCGAUUCCCAUGGACGACAUCUGAUCAGACUCUUCUUCUCCAACGUUGGAAUGCUCUUUCCAGUCAUCCAUGAAAGUGAGUGCCUGAGAGCCUACUGUACCGCCAAACUGGAAGGCUCUGCGGCAGUCAGUCAAUCGUGGCUUUGCCUCCUUAAUGUCAUCUUCGCUCUGGCCACCUAUGCCAGCACAACGCCCGAUCAGAUAACAGGAAGAAAUGAACAUGCGGCUGAAGAAUUCAUCGAGAAGGCAGAAACUCUCUCGGUCCACAUUGCGAUGAAAUCAGCAGACCUGGAAAUCGUCCAAUGUCUACUACUGAUCGCGCAAUACUACCAAGGUACUCAAAAGCCUGAUAAAGCCUGGCAUUUGCACGGUCUUGCAGUUCGUGCCGCCAUACAAUUGGGGUUGCACUCGCCACAUGCGUACGUUGAUAUGGAGCCACUCGAAUGCGAGCUAAGGAAAAGGACAUGGUUCGGUUGUGUGAUCCUGGACAGAAUGCUAAGCAUGACCUUGGGCCGCCCGUACGCGAUAUCUGACGAACUCCUCAAAUUGGACCUACCUCUUGAUAUUGGCCUCGAUGCAGUGAGCAAGGGACCGACGCCAAUGACGUCGGACGAUCAAUCUGCAGCUCCCAGUACGGUCUGCCUUUUCAUUGCAACAAUCCAGCUGUACGAGGUACUUGGCGACAUCAUCAAGAAGCUUUACGGCUCUAACACCGAUGCUGGUGUACAACAGACCGUUCCUGCCUUGCUAGGGACAAUCAGCCAGCUCGAACAUAAACUUGAGGUCUGGAAACAAAAUCUGCCUCCCCAGUUGCAACAGCUGCCCCUGGAAAUCCAACGCACGAGUCCCGACUUGCCGACACUGGCGUUUGCGCCUGUUUUCGACCGCCUCAGUAUCAUUCUUACUCUCCGAUACCUCAAUGCCCGCAUUCUUCUUCAUCGACCAAUUCUUUCUGCAUGUCUGCGCCAAAAACACCCCUUUGGCCCUCACAAAGGGCCCGCGUCUGAGGCACACCAUAGUUAUCUCUAUGAGUUUGCCAAUAUCAGCGUAAAGAUCUGCGAACGAUCUGCGGUGGAAGUGAUCAAUAUUGUCUGCAAAGCAAGUCGGCAAGCUGGCACACUGGGCACCUGGUGGUUUUCUGCUUACUACACAUAUAACGCAGCCCUGGUUAUAUUCAGCUGCAUUCUUCUGCAUACUACCACGUCGAGAAGUGGAAUAUCCACUGAAAAGGACGAGCAUCAUCAUGCGAAUCUUGGAAAGAUCGUCCACCUUCAGCGGGCCUUCGAGGCCACAGGAAGAUUGGGAGCGGGCUCGAUCACGGCAAAGAAAAUCCAACGUGCGCUGUUGACACACAGACAAACCUGCAUGACCUUGGUCCAAAGCGAUGUUGGAGACGGUGGCAAAGAAGACGCAUCUGGAUCAUCCAUUACUGCAACCGGGUUUGAGGCGCACGUUCCCAACAUCGACGCCGUUCCAAUCUCAAACGCAACUGGAAUGAUCAGCAGCGAGGCUUCCAAUGUCCCUUUCCUGGAUCUUGCUCAAGACGAUCCGUUUGCCACAUUGGAUGAGGGCGUAGAUCAGCCGUGGAGUGACAUCGACUGGCUUUCCCACGAGUUCGGACCUGAAACUCAGCUGGACAACUACCCGAGGCCAUCCAGCAAUAUGCAGGACCUUUUGCCGAAUGGCAGAUUUGUGGCAUGUCCCUCGAAUGACGGACCCUUUUGACAUUGAGGAGACGACAAGACGCGUUUAUUGUAGACGGCGGAUGGGAUACAGGGCUUGACCACGGAAGAAAUUGACUUGAAUUAAAGAUCGUGUGACACAAGAACGUCGCUGUGGUUGGCAACAAGAAGACCCUCACACCCAUUCGACGCCCGAUCAGCUCAAAUCGCGCUUGCUUGGCUGAUACCCCAGGUCUCAGCCACCUCCAGUCUUUCGUAG